UCAACACACACCAUUGCACUCAUUCAUUCUUGAGAAUGAGAAUAGACAUCAACGAAAUCAAGGCUGAGAAAUAUGGCAUAGAGCAAGAGUCAAAAGACAUUAAAAGAGACAAGCAUUAGUGUUCACUAUUAUAAUUGAGUUCGGCGAUAAAACUAUUACUAGACGUACCAGAGGGCUUGCAUUUCUGAACCAAAAGAUAUGACGUCAAAUCGCCGACAAAGUACAACAUUUUCUGAUGAAGAAGAUAUAAAUCUACCUACUGAAACGUCAGCACGGAGGGAAGACAAUUUUAAAUGGAAUCCUAACCGAGAACGAGUAUUUAUUGAAUUGUACGAUCGAGCGAUUUCCAUGAGCGAUUAUCGUUUCAAAGAUCCUACACCCGCUGGUAAAGAGUUUGUCGUUCAUAAGUUCAACCAAAUAUACAAUAUCAGCGUAAACUACCGGUUCUUCAAAGAAAAACUUGAUCAGCUGAAAAGAAAAUACAAAAAGUACAAGCAUCUAAUGAAAAAUUCUACGGGUAUUUCGGUUGAUCCUACGACAUCUGUGAUAUCUGCGUCUGAUUCAUGGUGGAAAGAUCGUGAAGUAGAUAGGAUUGUAAAAUCAUUUAAACGAAAACCACCGGAGCUUUGGGAUGUGAUGCAACGAUGUUUUGUAUUAUACGACGUCCAAUCACAGUCUCAAUACUCUUUGCACCAAAGAAGAGAAGAGUUGCUGAAUGAUGGUCAAAAUAAUGAUGAAACUGAAACAUAUGGCGGUGAUAUGCAAGACACUCAGGUCCAGGAGACACAAGAAAAUGAAGAAGUCUAUCGCGUAAAUAUUGAUGAUGAAAUGCGUCAUUCAAAUCAGUUCACCCGUGAGAAUUUGCGUCAGAAUUCUUCACCAACUGCUGAUCAUUUUCAGAUUCCUACUUCUAGAGUUCAACAACGAAGUGGACUAAGACAAGGAAGUAGUUCGCAAAGAGGUGCAGGAACCUCCCGGAUCGCUGCCAGGAGUGGAUCCCAAGGAAGUCGUAGAAAACAAUCAUUCGAGACAACUCUGACAGAUACGAUGACGGGUUUUAGAGAGUUUCAGCGCCAAAGUUUGCAACAACUACGUCCAAAUUCUUUUGACGAAGAUGAUUACAAUGGAUUCGAUACUGCGGUGAAGAUAUUCGAAUCAAUGGAGCUUCCAAAUGACACCAAUUUCUAUUGGGCAUGCAUUCAUGCAUUUAAAGAAGAAAGAUUUUGGCGCAAGUACUUUGUUGACAGAGCCGAAAGAACCACAGAAGAUAAGUUGAAGUUUUUACAAGCUCUUACUGGAUAUACACCGGACAACGAAUUCGUGGGAAAGCGGUUAGAAUCUGGACAAAAGUUUGGCAGUCCAACUUGUGGGCAAUGUAAUUCUGGUUUCCAACAAUGGGGAACACCACCAAGUGCCCCACAAUGGGGAACACCGCCAAAUGCGCCGCAAUGGAGUUCACCUUCAAAUGCUCCGCAGUGGGGUACACCGCCAAAUGCUCCACAAUGGGGUACACCGCCAAAUGCUCCGCAGUGGGGUACACAUCCUGUUCCACAAUGGGGUGCACCUCAAAAUUUUCAACAAUGGGGUUCAUCAACAAGUACUCAACAAUGGGGUCCUACAUCUACUGUUCCGCAAUGGGGAUCAUCACCGACCACUCAUCGAUGGGGAUCAUCACAAGAUGCUCCACAAUAUAUUCCUCUGAGAAAUGUUCAACAUGGAUUUUCCCUAGAAACAGAAGUACAAACUACAACACAUGAAAAAGAAGUUCCUGUUUCCGAGAAUGUUAUCAGAGGUGUUUCACCGGAAUUCACGAAUUAUGCUUCUACAAGUAAAGCAUCACGUCCACGACGACGAGGAUGAUUAUUCAAUAUCUGGGGAACUGAACGUGGACUAAAUCUAAAUGAAACACAAGAAAGUGAUUCCACAUCGGAUAACUAGCUUAAUAAGAUUCGUGCUUUGUUUAUUGUCGUUAUGUUUUGUUUCAUAUUUUCUUUUGUAAUGUCUGUUAUGUAUUGUAUUUUUGAAUAAGGAUAUUUCUCAUUGAUUUAGUUUUUUA